GGAUGCCAGCAGCCUGCCCGAAAGCGGUGCUCGUCUCUUACAGACCAGCCACUUCCUGCCGGAGGCUCCUGACGUCAUCCGGGGAGAUGAUGUCCAGGCCUCCCGACUGCCUGCUGCGGCUGCUCCGGGGCGCCCGGAGGCGGCGGGUCUGCACCCUCUUCGUCAUCGGCUUCAAGUUCACGUUUUUGGUCUCCGUCAUGGUCUACUGGCACACUGUGGGAGAGCCCGGGGGCCAAGGACAGCUCUCUAACCUGCCUGCCGACAUACCCUGCCCGCGCUUGUCCCCCCACACACCGGCCCCCGGCACCCCACCUCCCGGCAGCAUCUUCUUCCUGGAGACUUCUGACCGGACGGACCCCAGCUUCCUGUUCACGUGCUCGGUGGAGUCAGCAGCCAGGGCGCAGCCUGAGUCCCGGGUGGCGGUCCUGAUGAAGGGGCUGCCCGGCGGGAACGCCUCCCGGCCCCGGCGCCUGGGCCUCUCGCUUCUGGGCUGCUUCCGCAACGUGCAGCUGCUCCCGCUGGACCUGGAGGAGCUGUUCCGGGACACGCCCCUGGCAGCCUGGUACGCGGCGCUGCAGCAGCGGUGGGAGCCCUACGUGCUGCCUGUGCUCUCCGACGCCUCCAGGAUCGCGCUCAUGUGGAAGUUUGGAGGCAUCUACCUGGACACGGACUUCAUCGUCCUCAGGAACCUGGGGAACCUGACCAACGCGCUGGGCACCCAGUCCCGCUACGUCCUCAACGGCGCCUUCCUGGCCUUCGAGCGCCACCACGAGUUCAUGGCGCUGUGCAUGCGUGACUUCGUGGCCCACUACAACGGCUGGAUCUGGGGCCACCAGGGCCCGCAGCUGCUCACGCGGGUCUUCAAGAGGUGGUGCUCCAUCCGCAGCCUGGGCGAGAGCCACGCCUGCCGCGGCGUCACCGCCCUGCCCUACGAGGCGUUCUACCCCAUCCCCUGGCAGAACUGGAAGAAGUACUUCGAAGACAUCAGCCCCGAGGAGCUGUCCCGGCUGCUCAACGCCACCUACGCCGUCCACGUGUGGAACAAGAAGAGCCAGGGCACGCGCUUCAAGGCCACGUCCAGGGCACUGCUGGCCCAGCUCCACGCCCGCUACUGCCCCACGACGCACAAGGCCAUGAAGCUCUACUUGUGAGGGGCCUGCCUGGCUCCCUCCCUGCACCCGGCGUCCCGAAGGAAAGGGCUCGGCCACCCUUCCUGGGGAGACGGGAGCUGCUGCAGCGCGGGAUCUGGGGCGGGCGGCGGGGAGG